UCAUCCUCUUCACCUUUUCUGUUCGUGCGCAUGCAAGUUUAUUUUUUCCACUGAGGGUGCAAGUGUUUUUGUUCAGACACCGACAGAAAUGAACCCAAUAUUAUUUCGUACGAGAACCUGCUAAAUCGAAAAUAUAUAUAUUUAAUAUUACUUCAAAGUAUUAUUUUGUUACUCUCAUAUGCAAGAUGGAUUUUGUUCUCGUCGCCCGUGUUAAAUAGGCUAAGCCUUUGCCAAAGAACAAAAGCUUUAUUUUGGGAGAUGGGCAGUACUGCAAUGGAUUCUAAGAAGAAAGAAGAGAAGAAAAAUUCAAGAAAAAGGAGAUCGCUUCGGAUAAACAUGCCUGACUUGAGCUCCUUAGCCAUGUCGUUUCUGGAAGGAGAUGUGGAACAUGCGAACAAGGACGGCGAGUGCAAGGGGGAGCUUAGCUGCCAUUCAGCCAGCCCGACCAAAACCUUCUUCAGCCGGGGUACGUUUAGUCGGCCCUCUAGCCCCAUGUCCGCACCGGCCCGAUUCAGAAACAGCCCUGAAUCGCCCAAACCCAUCUUCCCAUACUCCUCCAACCACGACUCCUCGCCCAAGUGUUCACGUCGCCGCAGCUUCACCGGAAUCUUUCGCUCGUCCUCUAAAGACUCCACAAAUCCCUCCACAUCUCCUGUCAGCAUCAAACUUUUCUCUCGGGCCAGGAAAGGAUCUGCUCUUGUUACCUUUGUAAACAUUCCCAAGGAAUUCUGGGAAAUCAUCAUAUCUGACGACCAAUCGCCCAUAGAGGCCAGCAAGGGGGAGCUUAGCUGCCAUUCAGCCAGCCCGACCAAAACCUUCUUCAGCCGGGGUACGUUUAGUCGGCCCUCUAGCCCCAUGUCCGCACCGGCCCGAUUCAGAAACAGCCCUGAAUCGCCCAAACCCAUCUUCCCAUACUCCUCCAACCACGACUCCUCGCCCAAGUGUUCACGUCGCCGCAGCUUCACCGGAAUCUUUCGCUCGUCCUCUAAAGACUCCACAAAUCCCUCCACAUCUCCUGUCAGCAUCAAACUUUUCUCUCGGGCCAGGAAAGGGCCAGGUUAUUUUCUGCUGUUACCCGGGAUGGAUGUGUUUGCGGCAGUGACACUGAGCUUGAUGAACAGUAAUGGACGCAGUGUUUGUCAUUCAGGAAAUCACUCGGAACAGAACUUGCCAGAGAAAUUCAGAAUCCUAUUAAAUCCGGGAAUUGGACUGCACCCAGACAGUGACAUCAGAAUGCAGAAAGUCCAUAAUUCAAUCACGUUUGCUUCCAUACAAAUUAUAUUAACUGAAAUGAAUCCUUGGCUCUAAGACGUCCUCAGAGCUCCUCAGCACAGGCAGCUGGGGAUGAGGACACCUGUAUGUCUCUAAUAUGAUAGCAAUUAAUUUUUUACCUCAAGAAAACAGUGAUGAGGAAGAACUGAUGCUGUGUCAUCCUUCUAUGUGCCACAAUCUGAGUCUUUGGUUGUAUCGCCACCUACUGGACAACAUUUAAAUGUUGCAUUCUUGAUAUCAAGAUCACAAUGAGAAAUUAAUUAGAAAA